GGAUGGGUUGGUUGCUUGCUUGGUUGGCUGCUGCUCUCUCAAAGCUCUCGGGCCCCACGCGCACGAAGCAAGCCCCAAGACUCGCCAGUCGUUGGUUCCCGUUCACUCGGUCGGUCUCGUUUCGCUCCCACUCGAAGGGUCUUCAAAGUCGCGACGGAGACUCGGAAAAUCGAAUAUUUAUAACUAUUAUAGAAACAAUUUAAACAACAAUCGUUAUCAAAUAGUUGGCUAACAUUAACUAGAACAAAAUCUUAUCGGAGCCGCAUCUUGGCCACCAUUGGAAGCAACCCCACCUGAAACAGCAACAAAAACAACAACAACGAUAUCGAAAAACCGGUUGCUGCGCACCUACCCAAAGCCAGACAGAGACAGCUAGUGUGUGCGUAUUUGAGUGAGAAAAGUGUCUCCACAAGUGUAUGCGAGUGUGAGUGAGUGAGUGUCACUGUGUGGCCAUUGACGAUCGAGGCGACGACUCUCUCGCCAAGUAAAAAAAACUCUUUACAGAGUGGGAAAACCAACAACUUCCACAUACGCAUACGCACCGUGGGGCUGAUUGCUGCUGCUGUACUUUAACUGUGUGUUUUGGCCUUUUCGCGUCGCCAUGGCCGACGCCAUCGUCACCAGCAGCAGAGGUGUGUGCAACCGAAAGCGAUACUAAACCCAAAACUGUCGUCGGUGGCAGCAGCACUUGGCGCUGCAGCGCUUGAGUACACAACCAACGGUCGGCCAUACAAUAUUCCGGUGCUCCUAAUUUCCCUUGCCUUACCUUACCCUCUCCUACGCGUUCUCGUUCUCGUCGCGGUUGUCGCCUCCAUUUCGGACUCCACAGAUAAGCCAUAGAACCCGCCGCAUGGGGGUCUAUUGCAAAAAGAAGAAGUUCUACUACCAAAAACCCGCAUUGCGAAAGUUUUGCAUAACAAACAAGUUAAACUAAUCAAAUUGUGGUGGAAAAUGUAAAGAAAAGUGAAGUGAAACGCCUCUAGUGAAAAGCAAAAUAGAAAAACCUUUUAGAACAGAACAUUAAAUGUGGAUUGGAGUCAACAUAUAAAGAUCUUAACGAAAUGAUUUCUAAGCAGAUGAAUACUUAAGACUCUUCCAAACCCAAAAUAGAUACGAGAAAAGAAACUGAAUUAGAAAAGACAAAAAAUUAAAAGCCAUGCAAGAGGUCUGCAGUACCCUGGACACAACCCCAAUGGGGACGCAGAUCAAAUCGGAGUCACCACUUAAUCCGCUGCAGGUGCAGACGGGUGGACAAACCGCACUCCCCGUGGGUGGUGUUGGCUGUGGUGUUGGUGGUGCAGCUUCUGUUGGUGGUCUGGUGGGUCAGGGCACGCAGCAGGGUGCUCCCGCCGUGCCGGCGGUGAUGCUGGUCAAUAAGAUGGCCUCGAACUGUGAUAAACGGGCCGCGGACACGGCCUACUGGAUGGCAGCUUCAGAAGGUGGCUUCAUCAAUUCGCAGCCCUCGAUGGCAGAGUUUCUCAACCACCUGAGCCCGGAGAGUCCCAAGAUGGGAACACCUGUUGGCGUUGGCGGUGGCGUCGGCGGCGGUGGUGUCAAUGUGAAUGUGAAUGUCGGCGUCGGAUAUCCGGUGGGUGUGGGACCAAUGCCACAGACACCGGAUGGCAUGGACUCGGUGCCGGAGUAUCCCUGGAUGAAGGAGAAGAAGACAUCGCGGAAGAGCAGCAACAAUAAUAAUCAGGGUGAUAACUCCAUAACUGAAUUCGUUCCAGAAAAUGGCCUGCCCAGACGCCUCCGCACCGCGUACACGAACACCCAGCUGCUGGAGCUGGAGAAGGAAUUCCACUUCAAUAAAUAUUUAUGCCGCCCAAGGAGAAUCGAGAUAGCAGCCAGCCUGGACCUAACCGAGCGACAGGUAAAAGUUUGGUUUCAAAAUCGCCGCAUGAAACACAAGCGGCAAACGCUCUCGAAAACGGACGACGAGGACAAUAAAGACAGCCUCAAAGGUGACGAUGAUCAGUCCGACAGCAACUCCAAUUCGAAGAAAUCGUGUCAAGGCUGCGAGCUGCCCUCCGAUGAUAUACCCGACUCCACUUCCAACUCCCGGGGACACAACAACAACACGCCGAGUGCCACCAACAAUAAUCCCAGUGCGGGGAGUCUGACACCCAACUCCUCUUUGGAAACGGGCAUCUCAUCGAAUCUGCUUGGCAGCACCACCGUAUCCGCCUCGAAUGUGAUCAGUGCCGACUCAAGUGUCGCCUCCAGUGUCAGCCUGGACGAGGACAUCGAGGAGAGCAGCCCCAUUAAAGUCAAGAAGAAAGAUGAUAGUCAGGUCAUCAAAAAGGAGGCCGUGUCCACCUCAUCGAAGGCAUCGCCCUUUGGCUAUGAGAGUUCAACGCCGAGUUUGGUUAGCUUUCGUCGGGACUCGGAUGCCGUCAUCGCUUCCGCCAAUCCUCCCCCAACAAAGGGCAAGAAACGUUACCAGAAUAAUGCCAAUGCUAUUGCCACGCCCACACCCCUCACCGAUAGUAAUAGUGGUGGAAAUGUUGGUGCCGGUGUUGGUGGUGCCUCAGCUGGUGGCUAUUUCCCAGGCUACUAUCCUAGUCCCAAGCAGCAAAUGCAACAGCAGCAGCAGCAACAGCAGCUGCACCCGCAACAGCAGCAGCCACAGCCCCAGCCACAGGACUAUUAUGGCAAAUACGAUAUUGAAUUCGCCGCCUCGCCGCACCACAAUCCGCACAAGCAGCAGUCGUCCCUGCAUGCGGGCGAGUAUCUGAGUCCCAAACCCAAUGCUGCCUCAUUCCACCAAAACAACCAGCAGCAGCAGCACGAGCAGCAAUUCUAUUACAACUACAACGAAACCAACGGUAGUGCGUACAUGAAUCACCAACAGCAGCAGCAGCAGCAGCAACAGCACCACCACGUUGGUGACUUUGAGGCGCCACCUAUCAACGGACCGAGUAAUUUCAACAGUGGUUACUACGACAACAUGAGUUUUCAACAUCAGGCGCAGGCGCAGGCUCACCAGCAACACCAAUCUGUGGUUUUCCAGCAGCAACACCAACAGGCACCCAUUAAUCAUCAGCAACAUAUGCAUCACCUGGGCACUGGCGAGGCAUACAGCGCUCUUGGUUUGCAGAUGGAGAACUGCGAUGGCUACAAUAAUUUUGGCGGUCCAGGCUCCGCUGGCGCUGGUUCUGCGGGUGCCGGUGUUGCCGGCUACUACGAGGCGGGUCAACAACCCCCGGUACCGCCCACCCACACGCACACCCAUCACCCACACCACCAUGUUCAGGCGCAGGCGCAUGCGCAUCUUCAUGCCCACCACAAUCCCGCAGCAGCAGCCCAAGUGGGCGUUGGAGUGGGCGUAGGAGUGGGAGUAGGUGUUGUUCCUCCCCCACCACCGCCAUCGCAUAUCCAUGGCUUUGCACUGAAUGGAGGAGGAGGAGGACCGACCGUUCAGAGUCAGGCUUUUGUUAGUGGUGGAGGCAAUGCCGGUGCAGGAGCCGCUGCGAUCAGUGGCCUGGAGAACUCGAACAGCUCCUCGGAUUUCAAUUUCCUGAGCAAUCUGGCCAAUGACUUUGCACCCGAGUACUACCAACUCAGUUAGUUUGUGUAGGGAGAGGCGCCUGUACAGUUCUAGCCUAAUUCUCCCCCUCUUUUGUGUGUAUGUGUGUGUGUGUGUGUGAGUAUCUGUGUUUAUCUUCGAUGUUGUAACCACAUAGCACAUAUCUGUAAAUACUAUCUUCUAAGAAUUAACCAUAAAGAGUUCUAUUCCAUCUGUAUUUAGAAUAAAAUAAAACGAAAUUUGAUACACUUUUCUUUUGACUAAAAGUCAAAAAUAAUUUCGAUUCUCUCUUGGAAAACUCCAUUCAUAACUAAAAGAAAGUCCGGAAAAACUGUAAAUAGCUAGAAAAAUUCCACAACUAAUCAAACAAAUAAUUCAAUACCAGAAAAAUCUCUCCUAAAACUAAGCAAUCAAAUUAAUUUCCUAUUAUUUUGUUGAUUUUUAUGUAUAUAUUGAAAAGUAGCUGAAAUCAAAAGUUUGACAGGAAUACAAAUUUGAAUCCCUCCUGCGAUUCAAGUGCAAUUUCUCUUUCAAGAAAUAUGAUUUAGAUUUUUAAGGAACACACUCAAUUAUUUCAAUGUUUGUAAUGUUUGUAUGUUGCCUUUACCAUUUCUCCCUCUAAAAAAUACACCAUAACUAUUAAAUAAUUAAAUA